AUGGCUUAUAGUGACGAGGCGGGAGAAUUCAACGCGGCUGCCGAUAGGUUGGGCAUCAUCCUGGACAACUCGCUUCCUGGACGACCGCGUAACAAUUCGAUUGCAGAAAGGACUCAUCAGUUCGUUCUGGACACUACGUCUACGUGCCUUCUACAAGCUGGACUCCCUGCCAGCUACUGGCCCUAUGCCAUCAACUGCGUCACCCACAACUUGAACAUUGAGGAUGUUGAAGGAGAGUCGUCGUGGAUGCGAAUGUGUGGAGACAGGUUCGGGGGAAAGGCCAUCCCGUUUGGUGCGAAGGUGUUCUUCAAACCCACCGAAACGAGGGAACCCACGUAUGGAGGCAAGUUUGAUCCGGGCAUCUUUGCUGGAUACGUCAUAGGAUCCGGACAUACGUGGUCACGCAAGUACCGAGUGUGGGAUUUGGCAGAUUUCGGUUCGGCCAACUUGGGCAUGAACGCCAAGGUACCAGGUUUCCUCAGAAAACCGUACAUCACCGAGGUUGUCGUUCUUCCUGAAAUCAUUGAGUUCCCGCUGAAGAAAGAGUAUGAACGAAUGAACUCUUCCUUGGAGGGCAUCAAGGAAGUCUAUGAAUUGGAGGGAAAGGGAUCGAAGGGUCCUAAGAUGAUUCCCGAAGAGGAGCGAGACAUUCUCGAUGGUAUGACUGAUGACGAAGGCGGAGACGGCCCUGGUGGCGAUGGACCAUCUGGCGAUGGUGCUAAGGUGAAGAAGAUCGUUGAAGCGCCCCCUCGUCCUGAUGCACCGACAGAACUGCCUGACGAUCCAGGUGGAGGAUCCACAGAAGAAAAAGAAAAGAAAAGUAAAAGUACUGGAUCGGACGGUGACGGGUACCACAUUGACGAAGCCGUGCGUGAGUUAUCCGAAGACCACUUGUAUAGAAGCAAGCCAUCGUCGACGGAUGACAAACCACCCGGACCAUCAGGGCGUACCAGGCCGAGGGCAUCUGAGGAGGCCCCGGAUUCGGUCAUGGAGGAACUACGCCGACUGGGUAUCAUAAAGGGAGAAGUCUACAUGAACGACGAUGGCGAACCUUGUAAAAUUGACAAGCGAGGCGCAGCCUACCGCAUUGGUCCAGAUGGGAGGAGAAGCAUUCCUACACUACGACCGAAAGACAAAUUUACGCCUGAGGAAUGGAAGGCACUUGGCAGUAAAGGACGCAAAAUCGAACUUGACAUCAUCAAGGAUGAAGAAAGGAAGAGAAAAGUCAAGGAAUCAUCCAUGGUGCAUGAUGGUGAAAAGCCUGAUUCCAAAGCCAAGAAGAAGGAAAAGAAGGAGGCCAGAAAAGCUGAGAAGAAGAUCAAGAAAGCGUUGCGGAAGAUAAGGAAAUCCGAAGGUGAACAUGAUCCAUCUCUCCCAGUUAUCGUCCCUGCCGACGCCCGGAUACCGACACACACCAACGGUAGUGCCGAAGGUUGGGAAUGGGCGGAAGACUAUUGCGACAUGGUGUAUUCUCAAGCCUUCUAUGAGGAUUGCUUCGCCAUGGCCGCGGAUACCGACCUGGAAGGCAUCGAACAUAAGUUACCACGCAUGCCGUGUCUAUCUUCGGGAGACGCUGGACACCGGGAGAAGGUUCAACGAAGUGCUUAUCAUUUCUUCAACGCUAUGGUCACCAGGCCUGUCAACCGCAAAGAGCUGUUGAGCAAUCCUAAGGCUAUGGAAGCGUUCUUCAAGGAGUGGAAAGGAUUGUGGGAUCAAGGAGUCUUUGAUUUCUCGGUGGUGCGAGAAUACGACGAUGUCAUCGCAGCAGCUAAAGCCAAGAAACAACAGGUCCACAUGGCGCGGGUGCACGGAUUGAUCUAUGAGAAGAACUUUCAUUGA